GCUUGCUAAGAUCUGCAGGUUGGAGUUUGAAGCUGACAUUGAAAUGGCGUCCGUACUCUUAAGUUCCUCCACCCAUAUCCAUUCUCUAGCCAACGAACUACUUGCAUCCAUCUUCGCUUUUUGCGCUGAAGAAUGCCUUACGAUUGACACCGGUAUCGAUGUCCACCCAUUCCUAUUUGGAACCCAUAGGUCAAAGCCACCCCACGCGUGCUUGCCAAAGUGCCGCCAGUGGACCAGAGUACUACACGUUUGCCGCCGCUGGCGUGACGUGGCCCUAGCCAAUCCAGCUCUUUGGGUAUCUCCCAAUUUCUCUGUCGAUCAAAAUUACACGCGCAAGAUGCUCGAUCUCUCCAAAAGCUCGCUUCUCGCACUGCGGCUCAAGUCCACCGACAUUGGUCGAUGGAAAGUCCUCGAAGACUACAAUUGGUUCUCACGCUGCCGCGAACUGCGCCUACAACUGAGUGGCAAUGCACGACCUGAUCCUUUGAUGGGUCAGAUGGCAAUCAAGCCAGCCUCUUCCCUCGAAAUUCUCUCCAUACAGCUCGACACUCCCAACCAAGGGUUCACGAUACCGAUGCAUUGGACGGAGACAGCAUUGAAGCUAAAAACACUAGCUCUUAAGGGAUGCACCUUGCCUUCGUGGGCUCCAUCGCCAUGGUUCGAUAACCUGACAUCACUUUUCCUCGACUCGCAUAGCCAACCAACUCUUUCAGAGGUUCUCGCCGUCCUAGGCAGAACAAAACGUCUCCAGUCACUCGUACUGGAACGCCUAACUAAGAUCAACUCCAGCCACGCACCCUCACCAUCCGCCAACCGUUUAUCUUUGCCUCACCUCUCUAUAGUGGCGUUGAAUGGUCGGGGCGCCCAGUGCCUGAAUUUGAUGAGCUACAUGUCUGUACCACUGUCAGCCGAGGUCACCCUGUCAUGCUCCUUAGUUGAGGACAGCGCUAAUAUCCCUGCUGCAUUGACCAACUUCUUAAAACACCACUGUCUAUCCUAUUCUACUCGAAGGCUGGACACGUUAAGUCCUGAUCAUGAUGUUACUUGGGGCCUGGGUUUGGGUGGAGACGGAAGACGCAAAAUCAACGCUACGGCCACCCCCUUUCCAGCAAGCGGCCAACUUCCACGUCCCCGGCUGAGCAUCAUAGUCGGCUGGGACACCAACACUCAAGACAGGUCUCGCGUCGUCAUGUUAAUUGUGGCAGGGCUACAUGCACUGCGUUUCACAUCCGUGAAAAUCCAAGGAUUGGACUUCGAUUACCGAUAUCCCUGGGACGAUUUGUGGGUCGAGCUGCCGUCGGUAACGGAUGUUUUCUGGAACUUCCCGGAAUCCCGCGCAUCUGACUGGUUAUCUCUCUCACUCUCGCCUCUUGGAGAAGACAACACUGGGGGCAGCACGCAGAAGAGACUAUGCCCUUUGCCAAUGCUCCGACAAUUACAUCUUACGAAAGUGACGCUGGUGGAGCGGAAGUGGGUGGGCCCACAUUCUCAUACGUCCGGGCGUGGAUGCGUGUCGUUCGGAUUACUGCGAAGAGUUCUGUCGGAACGGGCCGCCCACGGGCAUAGUUUGCCUAAGCUGACACUGGUGGAAUGUCAAGGUAACUCCAAAACGAAAGAUAGCCUCGGCAUCUUGCUUUAUGCGCGUCUCCGCAACCUCGCCUUAGCACCCGUCGUUGCGAGCGUGAUUCCCGCCGUCCACCGCAGCAGCGCCUCUCUGCUCGGGCUACGGCAUGCCCGCAAGAUUGUCAGGAACAAGAACUUCGUACUGACGCACGACACAUGCUAUUAUGCAAAUACCCUCGGUGAAAGCGAAUUACAUCUCGAUGCAACCGCGUGCACCGCCCGAGAAUGGUAUAUCUGCAGGAUCCAUCUAAGCAACAGCAAAGAAGGAAUAGCAAAUGAGUAA